UUUUCUUUGAUCUAAGUAUAAAGUGGGAGCUCGGAGGCGAGUGUAUUUUUAGAGCAAUUGACUCCCUUCUAACCACGUGUGCUGCCCAUGUUGAUCAGGAUGACUCUCCCCUCGGCCUUCUUGCCAAUCUUGCUCCUGGGACUGCUUUCGCCUUGGGUGGUGCGCUGCGUUCCUUUCUCUGCCCAGCACAACGACACCCUGGAGUGGCGCUGGGAGACUCUCUUCUCCCGCUCCAUGGCCAGGCUCCCGGGGGAGAGGAAAGAGAUCAGCCGGGACAGUGACUAUCUGCUGGGCAUCAAGAGGCUGCGACGUCUCUACUGUAACGUAGGCAUCGGGUUUCACAUCCAAGUCUUGCCAGACGGCAGAAUCAACGGGAUUCACAACGAAAAUCGAUACAGUCUGCUUGAAAUUUCUCCAGUGGAAAGAGGAGUGGUGAGCCUAUUUGGUGUUAAAAGUGGACUCUUCGUAGCCAUGAAUAGCAAAGGCAAGCUCUAUGGAUCUACCCAUUUCAAUGAUGAGUGCAAAUUCAAAGAGAUUCUUCUGCCGAACAACUACAAUGCUUACGAGUCCAGGAUUUACCCUGGCAUGUACAUAGCUCUGAGCAAAAAUGGAAGAACAAAGAAAGGCAACAAAGUGUCUCCCACAAUGACAGUGACACAUUUUCUUCCUAGAAUCUGAGCCAUCUUCCUUCAGACCUACCUCAGCACAGGGGAAGAGACAAGCCACGCUUGGGGAAAACAUGGUGCACUUUUAUUGGAGAGUUUUAUGCAAGACUAGGUGUAAGAUAUUUAAAUUAAUUAUUUAAGUCUGUAUAUAUUGCCACAAAAUUAUUUAUAGUUCUGAUUUUUUUUAUUUCUAAAAACAAGCAAACAAAAAACCCAACCCAAGGUAUUUCAUUUGAUGGUGCAACUGUAGAAGACUUCUGCUUUGUGGUUUAUUUAACUUUUUUUAAAUUUAUCACAGGUGUGCUGCUAUUAUGUGUUUUAAAACAAGUGAAAUUCGAUUCCUAUAUUACAAUGUUUUGCACUGUUUGUGUGUUGUACAGUGUUUGUUGGUGUACACGUAUUUGUUUGUUUUAUUUUUUAACCCACCACCACCAGAUAAGGUCUUAGUCUUUGAAAAUGAGCUGUGCAAACCUUUCUCAGUUCUGAUGCUAGCUUGUAGGAACUUACAAUGUCUGACCUCCUUUGUGCAGUGUUGCUAUUUAAUUGAAAUGGUAUCGGUUUACUUCUGGUACAGAAAGUGCAGUGUUGAAGUACUACCCCACAAAUCUGUUUUUAGAUCUGCCAGUGCUGAACUUUGAACUUUCCUGCAGUCAAUCUUUGCAGAGCUACUAGGCAGUAGAGACCCUUAAACAACUAUAUAAACUCAUUUUUUUUCUGUUCAGAUAAAUAGGAGCAUCAUUUCUUUUGUGACCCUUAGAGAAAGCUAAUAUUACAUAUGAUUGCUUUGCACAUGAGGUCUAAAAAGUGUGUCAACCCCUCCCCUAACAAACACUGUGAAAUAUGCUACCAUGAACUCAUUGUGUUUAUUUAUUCAAAUCAAAAUUCCUUCUUCAAAUUUGUAGACUACACUUAUUUUCCAAAGCCUAUGAAACUCUAUUGCUCCCAUAAUUUUUAAAUAUAUAGUCAAAACACAUUUUCUGGUUCUUGAGAAACCCAAGCUCUAUAGAUAGAAGUCAGACUGGUUUUAAGUGAGUAAAGCUGGUCUAUAUUAUUUUUAAAAUGCAGUGUUUGGAAGGAGAAAUAUGCUGCUCUUUUCUAUGUCUCAUUCCCUGACAAAGUUAAUUAAUUUCUACCUCACUAAUUCUUGAAGCCAGUCUCCUAACAAAAUCUGCAUAGAAGGUGCAAACUUUUCUCUUCAGUAUUAUAAUUCCAGGAAGGGGGUGGAUCUUUGCAAUCCCAAAUCUCUAUUUUUCCAUAUGUAGCCAGAAGUAUUUAAGAUAGAGUCAGUUGCAUCCUAUUUGAGCCUUGUCACGUUUGAGCUAUCUUUACCCAGUGAUUUACUUUUAGUAAGGAUAAUCAUGGUGAAAAUAUUUGCAGACAGCUGUCAGGCUGCAGCACUAUAUGGUCAUCAAGUAACCCUAUAUUUUUCUUUCUAUAUUUUGCAAAUGUAACCCAUGUCUCUAAAGUAAUGAAGGAAAAGGCAGGUUUGAUCAUGAAAGAAGGGAGAAAGGAGACCCUGAAAUGAUGGUAAACUUUUAAUUUUUUUAUAAAAGUGAGACUUCAUGAUCUUAAGUUGAAACCAGGCCUGAUCACAAUGUUUAGUGAAUAAGUUUAAUACUCUUACAGGAUGUUUACAGACAGAUAAUCUUCCAAAUUCAACUAAUCAUUUUUGGACAUAUACAAGUCCCAAGGCUGCAGAAAAUUUGAGUUCAGCAUUUUUUCUUUCUACAUUCCUAUAUGAAAAGUUUUUGUUCCACUAGAAUCACAUAUGCUUGCAUAUAUACUGUACUUACAAAUGACCUUGAAAAGUAAAGCUACUCACCAAAGUUCAGUGAGAUCAGAGUGUAGCAGGACCAGAUUUUAAACCAUCUACUGCUGCUGUUCAAAAAUAAAACCAAAUUAAAAACAAAAAACAAAGCCAAACCUAAUGAAGCACCUAGGAAACAUGGUACCUAAGGAUUUCUCUGCAAUUUGGGGGUUUUCUGUACUGUCUCUGUUUUCUAUAUUUGAGUAAUCAUCAGUGUAAAGUAUCAGAGGGGUAGCCAUGUUAGUCUGUAUCCACAAAAACAAUGAGGAGUCCAGUAGCACUUUA